AUGCGAUUCAACAGCCUCGCUGUCGCUUGGUUAGGCCUGACCGUCACCUCUUCAGCAAUAGGCCUUCACAAAGCAGUCGAUGGCCUCAUACAAGUCACCCCCUCCUUCAGUGGUGAUGGAGUAGUCAUGCAUCCUGGGUUGGAGCCUAAUCACGAUCCUUAUGACCUGGAGCAUCUUAUUCCAAACCUUGACAAGGUCCUUUACUAUAGCCAGGAGGGACAUCGCCCUGCUCUUCAUGGGUCAAAACAUGCAUCGCUUGAGGCAAAGUUUGUCCGUCAUACGGUCGUCCUGGACCAAUCCGACCAUAUAAAGAGCGUCACCUGCGAUGAUAACAACAUACAAGUAUGCUUCAAAAGCCCUCAUGCACUGAAGGCCGCUGGAAAUUCCUGGGGGCCCCUGGAUAGCUUCAACUUGGCAACUUACCAUGCUGGCUGUGGAGAUGAGAGCUCGGGAAAGCGCAGCUAUUUCCACGCCUCCUCCCUCUCUGUGAAUUCGGAUAGUAUGUGUGUUGUGAUGGAUGCCACCCGUGUCGGUGAAUCAGAUGCCUUGGACUCGGGAGUAGUGUCCUGGGGAACCUACGUGGAUCCGAAUAACAGAAGAAGAACGCCCGUUAAGGGUCACGUUCGCGUGAAUCGACCAAGUGAAUAUGAUGAGAAGCCUAGAAAUGGAACCAUGCCCAGGGUGAUGGGCACCGGAUCCAUGAACCGUACUAUGGAUGUUGCAUACGACCCUUGGGCUUUGGAGUACUUCUUCAAUAACUCUCACAUGGAUACAUCCAACAUGGGGGCGAAGAUUGACACCAUGAACUUUGAACAGAUGGAUGACCCCGGGAUCCCCAAGCCACCUAAAAACAUGACCAAGCGGUUGUCCACUAACAGCCGCCACGAGAGAGCUCAUAGAAGCAUGAACGAGGUUUCGAAACGGAACGCAACACAUCUCGCCCGACGAGGUAUUCUUGCUGACGUAUGGGAUGGACUCAGGGACCUUGGACGGAGAAUUGAAAAUUUCUUCAAAAGUUCAUUUAGCUUUAUCCUUCAAGUCGGAGAUUUUCUUAUUCAAGUGGCAAUCAUCUCUGCCAAGCUGCUGUUGGUGCCCUUUGGUGUUCCGUUCGACCACUCCUAUCACAACGAUAUCUAUGUCCAUGAAUAUCUCAACUCUUACGGGCUAGACAAACCGCCUGCAAUUUUUGGCCUUAAAAACGGCUAUACUCUACUGAGCCAUAAGGACGAUGAUGGAAAGUGGAUUGUGCAAUGCGCAAAAUGUGGUAUCCAUGUCAACAUGAACAUCGAUGGCCGAUUGGCGUUCAGCAUCAAAAAUGGUAUCACUGAGGGCACUAUCCAGUUGACCAACGUCGAUCCCCUCAAAUUGGAUGCUCAAUUUGGGCUCACUGCAGAGAGUUCCGUCUCCAAGACCCGGACGAAGCACCUGAAACGCAAGGGCAAGGAGAUUAAGAAUAUCCCGCUGAGCCCACUUACCAUUCCUGGUAUUAUUACUCUUGGCCCUCAAGUGUCCGUUGGUGUAGCACUCGGUGUGGAGGCUGCAGGCAAGGUUGAGCUGCUUGUGGGAGGAACAAUCUCCCUUUCAAAAGGAUACGCCAGAGCCAGUGUUACACAGGGUAAAAAUGGUGUUGAAGGACUCGAACCAUCGUUUGAUCCUAUAUUUCGCGCGGCAGGCGAGUUCACACUUACUGGUGAUCUUGGUAUUCCCAUGGCCCUCGAAGUUGGGCUCGAUGUUCUUGAAGGGAAGUUUAAGAAAACAGUGGGGCUUGUGAACACUCCGUCAGUUUAUGUUAAGGCCACUGCUUCGCUUGAUACCAAAGGCGAAAGCAGUGGCAAAUCUUGUCCAAAUGGUGUUUCGUUGAGCGUUGGCGCGAGAAACCGCGUCCAUGUUGCUGGCUUUGACAUUUGGGAAGAGGAACUUCUUUCAAUCCCCCUUUUUGAAAAGUCUGUCGGCUGUGUCACAGCAAAUGGAUUCAACCGUGCUAAUGAGAAGGAAGAUAAAGCUCUCAUCAGUCAAGUCAACACCAAACUCGGCGGAGAUCCAAAUUCAGGGAAGCCUACUAUUUCUGAUGCCACUAGAGAGUUCAAAAAGGUAGAAGGUGCCCAGGGGUUCCGAAUUCUCAUGGACGCCAAAGGCGAUACUAUCUUGGUUGCUGGCAGAAACGGCGCUCUCUAUCUUGUCGGAAAGGAUUCAGGAUACGAUGUCAGUGCCCCUUGGGGCACCCUCGAUACCAAUGAGAAUCCAUUAACUUUGGAUGUCUUUGGUCGCACAAUUUCCUAUAAGUUCCUGCAGUCUUAUGAAAAACGCUCUUAUUACUCUCAAGAGCGACCUAUGUUGGCCGACCUAGUCGUGUCAGAUCCCAAAAAGGUUAGGUUUGGGUACCGCGCUACGUAA